CUCCUGAUUACAGUGUGCAUUGCGUACGUUGUAGGUCGAUGCCGUGAGGAUGGAAAAGUGCCAGUCAGUGGUAGUGAUGAAUGGACUGGUGGCGAAUGUAAUGGGUCAAGAAGUGAAUCGGGUGAAGGAUCAAGAGAUGCAUCAGGUAGUGGAUCAAGAGGUGCAUCGGGUGGAGUGUCAAGAAGUGAAUCGGGUGAAGGAUCAAGAGGUACAUCAGGUAGUGGAUCAAGAAGUGAAUCGGGUGAAGGAUCAAGAGAUGCAUCAGGUAGUGGAUCAAGAGAUGCAUCAGGUAGUGGAUCAAGAAGUGAAUCGGGUGAAGGAUCAAGGGAUGGAUCAGGUAGUGGAUCAAGAAGUGAAUCGGGUGAGGGGUCAAGAAGUGAAUCGGGUGAAGGAUCAAGAGGUGCAUCGGGUAGUGGAUCAAGAGAUGCAUCAGGUAGUGGAUCAAGAAGUGAAUCGGGUGAAGGAUCAAGAGGUGCAUCGGGUAGUGGAUCAAGGGGUGCAUCGGGUGGUGGAUCAAGAGAUGCAUCAGGUAGUGGAUCAAGCCGUGCAUCGGGUGGAGGAUCAAGAAAUGCAUCAGGUAGUGGAUCAAGAAAUGAAUCGGGUGAAGGGUCAAGAAGUGAAUCGGGUGGUGGACCACGAAAUGCAUCAGGUAGUGGAUCAAGCGGUGCAUCGGGUGGAGGAUCAAGAAAUGCAUCAGGUAGUGGAUCAAGAAGUGAAUCGGGUGAAGGAUCAAGAGGUGCAUCGCGUGGUGGAUCAAGAGAUGCAUCAGGUAGUGGAUCAAGAAGUGAAUCGGGUGAAGGGUCAAGAAGUGAAUCGGGUGAAGGAACAAGAGGUGCAUCAGGUAGUGGAUCAAGAGGUGCAUCGGGUGGUGGAUCAAGAAAUGCAUCAGGUAGUGGAUCAAGCGGUGCAUCGGGUGGAGGAUCAAGAAAUGCAUCAGGUAGUGGAUCAAGAAGUGAAUCGGGUGAAGGGUCAAGAAGUGAAUCGGGUGAAGGAUCAAGAGGUGCAUCAGGUAGUGGAUCAAGAGGUGCAUCGGGUGGUGGAUCAGGAGAUGCAUCAGGUAGUGGAUCAGGAGAUGCAUCAGGUAGUGGAUCAAGAAGUGAAUCGGGUGAAGGAUCAAGAAGUGAAUCGGGUGAAGGAUCAAGAGGUGCAUCAGGUAGUGGAUCAAGAGGUGCAUCAGGUGGAGUGUCAAGAAGUGAAUCGGGUGGUGGAUCAAGCAGUGCAUCGGAUGAAGGAUCAUCAGGUAAUGAUAUUUCAUGA